AUGUCGGUGGGGAGCUGGUGCAUUCGUGCGAUCCCGGGCGCGGCACCGCCGGCUCGGGCCGGGCUGCUCGGGAGCGCCUUCUUGCAGGUGUCCGCCGCGCGGCCGCGGGCCGGGCGGUGCCGUGCCGCGCAGCACGGGCGCGUGAGGCUCGGCGGCCGUGUCGUGGCCCGAGCCGGGGCCGCGGAGACGCCGGUGGCUGGCACCGACGAGGACGCUGGAGCGGGGUUCUCCGAGACGUUCCCCCUGCGCCGAUGCCAAGCUGUGGAAGGGAAGGCGUGGGUGAGGGUGGAUGCGGAGCCGGACGCCGAAGGCAAGUGCAAGGUCGUUGUCGGAUGUAAUGUGGCGGGGAAGUGGGUGUUGCACUGGGGUGUCUCGUACGAUGAUGAGCAUGGAAGAGAAUGGGAUCAGCCUCCUUUAGAAAUGAGACCACCCGGUUCAGUUGCAAUCAAGGACUAUGCAAUUGAAACACCAUUGGAGAUUUUGCCCAAUUCAGAAGGACGGCUCCUUUAUGAAGUGCAAAUCAAAUUUGAUAAAGACAUUCCAAUCGCUGCUGUCAACUUUGUUCUAAAGGAAGAGGAAACAGGUGCAUGGUUUCAGCAUAAGGGCAGGGAUUUCAGAAUACCCUUAAAUGGAUCCUUCAAUGGUGGAGGAAAACAAGAUAUUGAUAUCUGGCCAGGUGAUUUGGGGCAUGCAUUGAAGAAAUAUGAAGGAUCUAGUUCUCAGCCACAAAACACUUCACCUCAGGAUACAGGUUUGAGUGGCAAACAUAUAUCAGGGUUCUAUGAAGAAUACCCCAUCCUAAAAUCAGAGUAUGUUCAGAAUCUUGUUACUGUCACUGUGAGGAGAGACAUUAAAACACAUAAAAGACUUGUGGUAUUUGACACUGAUAUUCCUGGCGAUGUUGUCAUUCAUUGGGGAGUUUGCAAAGACAAUAAUAUGACAUGGGAGAUCCCACCAGAACCACAUCCACCGACAACGAAAAUCUUCCGACAGAAAGCUCUUCAGACCUUGCUACAGCAAAAAGCUGAUGGAGCAGGAAACUCAAUUUCAUUCUCACUAGAUGCAGAGUAUUCUUGUCUGUUUUUUGUGCUCAAACUUGAUGAGUAUACUUGGUUGAGAAAUCUUGAGAAUGGAUCUGAUUUCUGUGUGCCACUUACAAGAGUGGGUCAGCAUGGUAGCACUCAGGAUCCCGACAAGGCUGAGGCACAGAAAGUAGAGGAUAAGUCUUCACAGGCUGAUGGCUUAAUCAGUGAUAUAAGAAAUCUGGUGGUUGGCCUAUCGUCUAGAAGAGGUCAAAAAGCUAAGAAUAAAGUUCUUCAAGAAGACAUCCUACAAGAAAUCGAAAGGCUUGCAGCAGUAGCUUAUAGCAUUUUCAGGAGCCCCACCAUUGAUUCUGUAGAUGAGUCUGUACACCUCGAUGACACAUUAAGCGCAAAGCCAGCAUGUUCUGGCACUGGAUCUGGUUUUGAGAUAUUGUGCCAAGGAUUUAACUGGGAAUCUCAUAAGUCAGGGAAAUGUUAUGUUGAGCUUGGUAGAAAGGCCAAGGACUUGUCGUCCCUGGGUUUCACUAUUGUCUGGUCACCACCACCAACUGAUUCUGUGUCACCUGAAGGAUACAUGCCAAGGGAUCUAUAUAAUCUAAACUCCCGAUAUGGGUCCAUGGAUGAGCUGAAGGAACUUGUGAAGAUUUUCCAUGAAGCUGGCAUCAAGGUUCUUGGUGAUGCUGUUCUAAAUCAUAGGUGUGCUCAGUUUCAGAACAACAAUGGUGUCUGGAAUAUUUUUGGUGGUCGUAUGAACUGGGAUGAUCGAGCAGUUGUUGCUGAUGAUCCACAUUUCCAGGGAAGAGGAAACAAGAGCAGUGGAGAUAAUUUCCAUGCAGCACCAAACAUUGAUCACUCCCAAGAGUUUGUGAGGAAUGAUCUUAAAGAAUGGCUUUGCUGGAUGAGAAAGGAAGUCGGCUACGACGGAUGGAGACUUGACUUUGUUCGUGGUUUCUGGGGUGGAUAUGUCAAAGACUAUUUGGAAGCAAGUGAACCAUACUUUGCAGUAGGAGAGUACUGGGACUCCCUCAGUUAUACUUAUGGUGAAAUGGACUACAAUCAGGAUGCCCACAGACAGAGAAUUGUUGAUUGGAUAAAUGCUACAAAUGGAACUGCUGGCGCAUUUGAUGUUACCACUAAAGGAAUACUUCAUGCGGCGCUUGAAAGAUCAGAGUAUUGGCGCUUGUCCGAUGAAAAAGGGAAACCCCCUGGAGUAUUGGGUUGGUGGCCUUCAAGAGCAGUCACAUUUAUAGAGAAUCAUGAUACUGGUUCUACUCAGGGUCAUUGGAGGUUCCCCUAUGGUAUGGAAUUGCAAGGAUACGCCUACAUCCUGACACACCCCGGCACUCCUGCAGUCUUCUAUGAUCACAUAUUUUCACACUUACAACCAGAGAUUGCCAAAUUUAUUUCCAUCCGACGACGUCUAAAGAUUCAUUGCCGCAGCAAGAUCAAGAUACUAAAGGCAGACAGGAGUUUAUAUGCGGCUGAAAUUGAUGAGAAGCUAACAAUGAAAAUUGGAUCGGAACAUUUUGAGCCAAAUGGUCCCCAGAACUGGAUUGUUGCUGCUGAGGGUCAAGAUUACAAAAUCUGGGAGGUGGCUUCAUAG